UCUGUACUGUACAUAACUGCCCAGGUGCCGUUGUUCAUCUAUCACAAACCCUUCACCCCACGUUGUGUCAGCGCCGUCAUCGCAGCUGCAGGUCUCCAUCAUCGGGCAUUGCAGGAAAGUCGUUUUUUUUCUCCUACGCUCAUCACCAUUAUCAUCAGUCCUGCCCGCUUGUUAUCACCGGCUCAUCACAACGAAUCCACUUUUGCGGCGCGAGAGAAGAAAACGCUUCCUUCGCAAAACCCGGAAGUCUUCUAAUUUAGCAGCUCUCAGCUUGCUUGCAUAUUUUGUUACCACCUGCUACAUACAGGACAGACAGCUCCCCACCUGAGCACACCACCCGUGGUAAUCCGCAUUAAUAAUUGUUACUACCGCUUGCAGCACUCGAUCUACCAUCAGCUCCGUCCCAGGUUACCUAAACAGGUGACGUCCCGCGCGGGUUACACUACAUUGGAAUAGCAGCUCGUAGUCAUGUCUUCCUACAUCAUUAGAUCGUCCUUGACUGCUGCUCGUCCCUUCGCCACUUCCUCCUCCUCCGUCCUCUCUUCUCCUACUCGCACGUUUCCACGACCCAUAGCCGCCAAACUCCUUCAGCGACGCACCAUGGCUUCACAACAGUUUGAGAAGAUCAAGGUCAAGAACCCCAUCGUCGAGCUCGAUGGCGACGAGAUGACCCGCAUCAUCUGGCAGGACAUCAAAGACAAGUUCAUCCACCCUUACCUCGAUGUCGACCUCAAGUACUACGAUCUCGGUCUGCCCUACCGUGACGAGACCAACGAUCAGGUCACCGUUGAUGCGGCUGAGGCGAUCAAGAAGUACAGCGUUGGUGUCAAGUGCGCCACCAUCACCCCAGACGAGGCGCGAGUCAAAGAGUUCAAGCUCAAGCAGAUGUGGCUCAGCCCCAAUGGUACCAUUCGAAACAUCCUUGGCGGAACCGUCUUCCGUGAGCCCAUCGUCAUCCCGAAGGUACCGCGUCUGGUGCCUGGAUGGAAGAAGCCUAUCGUCAUCGGCCGACACGCCUUUGGCGACCAAUACCGUGCGAAAGACCGUGUCAUUGACGGCCCUGGAAAGCUAGAGAUGACCUUCACACCCAAGGGAGGCAAGCCUGAGACCAUCUCCGUGUUCGAAUUCAACGAGGAGACCCAAGGAGGUGUCGCCCAAACACAGUACAACACCGUCGAGAGCAUCCGGGGCUUCGCACACGCUUCGUUCAAGCACGCGCUUGAUCUUGAGCUGCCCAUGUACAUGUCCACCAAGAACACCAUCUUGAAGAAGUACGACGGCCGAUUCAAGGACAUCUUCCAGGAGAUCUACGAGAAGGAAUACCGUUCCCAGUUCGAGGCCAAGAAGAUCUGGUAUGAGCACCGUCUCAUCGAUGACAUGGUCGCGCAGAUGAUCAAGAGCGACGGAGGCAUGCUCAUCGCAAUGAAGAACUACGAUGGUGACGUGCAAUCAGACAUUGUCGCCCAGGGCUUCGGCUCCCUCGGUCUCAUGACCUCAGUCCUUGUCACUCCGGAUGGCAAGACCUUCGAGAGCGAAGCCGCCCACGGUACCGUCACUCGCCACUACCGCGAGCACCAGAAAGGCAACCCAACCUCGACCAACCCCAUCGCCUCCAUCUUUGCAUGGACCCGCGGUUUGGCCAAGCGUGGUGAGCUUGACGGAACACCCGAGGUCGUCAAGUUCGCCGAGAGCCUUGAGGAGGCAUGCAUUCACGUUGUCGACCAACAAGGCAUCAUGACCAAGGAUUUGGCCAUCGCCUGCGGCAAGAAGGACGACUUUGUCACCACUGGCGAGUACCUGGAUGCUGUGGAGAAGAGAAUGAAGGCGGUUCUCAGCGCCAAGCUAUAGACGGCCCAUGAUAGAGCAACGAGGAGUCUGGACAACAGGAUAAGCAGAAGUUGCUGUCGAAUCGACGCCAAAGUUGGCGUUGCCGACGUAAAGAGAAGGAUGCGCGCUUUGCUGGACAUGCUCAAAUUCCGGAGCUCAUACGUCUCCGGCAAUCUCGUCCCGCCAAUGAUGCAGCGUCGCACGAUCGCGUCGAAAAGUCUCUGCGCAAUUGCGAUGCUACGAAAAAAUCGGAGGAAGUCCGACGCACGUUAGAGGGGCGCAUCAGCAUAUUUAUCUCCGAAUAUCCAUCGACAUCAUCUUAAGCGGCUGUCUCAGAUGUAGCCACCGAGAGAGUGUAUGAAUAUCUCAAAAUCAAUCAAACAUUUAUAGAUCAUCAUGUAACGUGUCUUGUUGGGCUGGAUGUGCGAUGCGAGAAUAAACACUACUACUACGUGCAGUGUAGCAUAUCAAAACGUUCGCCUGAGCCGUCACC